UUAGCCCAAGAGAGUGGUUUUGCAGAGGCUGUAGCGGCCGUGGGCGGUGAGCUCUCUCAGGUAGGCGUAGUCGCUUUGCGAGCCGCCUUCUGUCACGGUCUCCACUCGGGUGGUGAGAAGCGCUGAUCUCAGAGACCUUUCAUUUCACUGCACGAGGAUCUCAGGCAGUGAGCAGGUCUGAGUGAACAGGAGGAAACACGGGGCGAGGGGAGCGAAUGAAGCAAAGCGUGAGCAGAAACUGUAUCGCUUCAGGCAGUAGAACACAGCAGUGAAGAAAAUGUACAAAUCUCCUGGCAUUCAUAGUCAGGCACAGCUCAUGAUGUCUUCUGGCUUCAGCGUAUUUAGAGCUGGUGUUGUGUUGGUUUUGAUGUGCAGUUUUUACAAGUCAACUGAAGACUCUCUCCCAGAACUGAGUUCUCAGCAAUAUUUCAGCACACUGCAGCCAGGAAAAGCCUCAUUAGCUUAUUUUUGCCAAGUUGGUUCUCUAAGUAACUCUGUAUUUCUUGAAGAACUAAAAGAAGCCAUUAGGCCUCUCCAGGACUAUGGGAUUUCAGUUGCAAAGGUUAUUUGUGUCGAAGAAGAAGCAUCAAGGUACUGUGGGGAAGAAGAGGGUUUGAUGAAAGCGUAUUUAUUCAGAGGCAACAUACUUCUCAGAGAAUUCCCCACGGACAUCUUGUUUGACGUGAACGCCAUCAUUGCGCAUGUUCUCUUUUCUCUGCUUUUUAAUGAAGUAAAAUAUAUUACCACCCUGGAAGACCUUCACAGCAUAGAAAACUCUUUGAAAGGAAAAUCAAAUAUGAUAUUUUCAUAUGUAGAAGCCAUCGGAACACCAGAGCAUAGAGCAGUCAUGGAAGCCGCUUUUGUGUAUGGGACCUCAUACCAGUUUGCCUUAACCACAGAAACUGCUCUUUUAGAAAAUAUUGGCUCUGAGAAUAUAGAACAUGCACAUCUCUAUUUUUUUCAUUGCAAACUGGUCUUGGAUUUGACUGAGCAUUGCAGACGAACACUAAUGGAACAACCAUUGACCACACUGAAUAUUCACUUAUUUGUGAAGACCAUGAACGCACCUCUGUUGAUGGAAGUAGCUGAAGAUCCUCAACUGGUUUCAACCAUUCAUCUGCAACUAGGGUUGCCGCUGGUCUUUAUUAUCAGCCAGCGAGCCACCCAGGAGGCUGACAGAAGAACUGCAGAGUGGGUGGCAUGGCAUCUCCUGGGGAAAGCAGGCGUCCUGCUCUUGUUGAGGGACUCUGUGGACGUGAACAUUCCUCAGCAUGCUAAUGUGGCCUUCAGAAGAGCAGAGAAGGAUGUGCCUGUGGAGUUUCUGGUAUUGAAUGAUGUUGAGUUAAUCAUUUCCCAUGUGAAAAAUAAUAUGCACAUUGAAGAAGAUGAAGGCGAAGACAUGGAGGGCCCAGAUCUGGCUGUUGAAGAUGAUGAGGUGGCAGGAACUGUUUACAGAGAUAGGAAGAGACAGCUACCUUUGGAGUUGUCUGUGGAGCUAACAGAGGAGACAUUUAACACAACGGUCACAGCUUCUGACAGCAUAGUGCUCUUCUAUGCUACCUGGCAUGCAGUAUCCAUGGCAUUUCUACAAUCCUAUAUUGAUGUGGCAAUUAAGUUGAAAGGCAGGUCCACCAUCCUUCUCACUAGAAUAAAUUGUGCAGAUUGGUCUGAUGUAUGUGCAAAGCAAAAUGUUACUGCGUUUCCUGUGGUAAAGUUGUACAAGAAAGGCGAGAGCCCAGUGUCUUAUGCCGGUAUGUUGGGAACUAAAGAUCUCCUGAAGUUCAUCCAGUUGAACAAGAUCUCCUGUCCAGUGAACUUAGCAUCCAUUCAAGAAGCAGAAAAAUACCUACGUGGGGAAUUAUAUAAAGACCUGUUCAGCUUCACUAGCGUGUCAGUACUGGGGCUCUUUAGUCCAGCCAUGACAUCAGCAGAAGAAUAUUUCAGGGAAGCGGGAAAGCAGCUGAGAGGCUCUGUCAUCACAGGAGUUUAUUCUGAAGAUGAUGUUUGGAUACUGUCAAAUAAAUAUGCUACAACUCUCCCAGCCCUGCUCCUGGCCAGGCCUAAAGAAGGUAGAAUAGAAAGUGUCCCACUAGACACCACCCCGGUACAAGACAUGGUUCAGAUACUAGCAAAUGCACCACUGGAAGCAUUUCCAGAGAUCACUGUGGAAAAUCUUCCCACAUAUUUAAGAUUUCAGAGACCAUUGCUUAUCUUGUUUAGUGAUGGCAGCAUAAACCCUCAGUAUAGGAGCACAGUCCUGGCACUGGUGAGACAGAAGCAGAUGGAUUCAUUUACCCCUUGCUGGCUAAACCUAAAGAACACUCCAGUGGGGAGGGGCAUCUUGAAGGCAUAUUUUGGCCGUCUACCACCACUUCCUCAGCUGCUUUUGGUGAAUCUGCAGUCGGGUGGCCAAGUAUAUGCAUUUCCUUUAUCCCAGUCUAUAACGGAACAAAGCCUUGUGUUGUGGCUGAAAAAUUUACAAGCGGGAUUAGAAAAUCCUAUCACAGUCUUAUCUGCCCAGGAAUGGAAACCUCCUCUUCCAGCCUUUGAUUUUCUUAGUAUGAUGGAUGCACCUACAUCUCAAGCUCCCACGAAGAACGUUCUGGAGUGUCAGAAAGAAACAGAGGUGCAGGAGAGUGCUGGGCAGCAGCCUGAAGACAAGUCAGCAACCAGGAAAGAACCGGUUGAAAUGCUCAGAAUAAAGCGUUGGAACAGGAGUAACUGGCCGAAAGAAACGCAGGAGGAGCCUUUUCACCACGACAAGGAGUUAUGACUGGACUUUACUGGCUCAGGAAACGGGAGAUCAGUUCUGUUAAGGAACAAGACUGAAUUAUGCUGUCUCUAGAUAAGUGCCGUUGAAUGGAACUGUGAUACACAUGACAUGUAAAAUUUCUUACUGGCUACAUUUAAAACCAUAAAACGAGUAGAUAAAAUUGACUUAAAAUGUACUUCACCCAGUAAACCCCAGACAGCUUAAUUACUACAAAACUGUUGAGAGACUUACUUUUUAAUGUCAAGUCUUCAAAGUGC